AUGCGCUACAUUUCGUCCGUCCUAAUAUUCACGUUCAUAUCUUCGUGUGGAUCAUUGAUCAGAAGUGUACGCUCGCUGCCUGGUGUGACGGACUACGAAGUUGUCAGGCCCCUGAAACUAAGCAGUCGCGCUAAACGGAGCAUCUCAUCGGAACAGACAUAUCCUGAAGAGCUUCAAUAUGCAUUGACUAUUGAAGGGAAAAACUACACGGUGCAUCUAGAGAAGAACAGCCUUCUCAUAGGGGAACAUUAUACUGAGACACACUAUUUGGAAAAUGGAACUGAAGUGACUACCUCACCAAAUUAUGAGGACCACUGUUAUUAUCAUGGCUAUAUCCAAGACUUUGAAGAUUCAUCAGUUAGCAUUGGAAUGUGUUCUGGAAUAAGAGGCUUUCUGAGGGCUGAGCAGCAGGUGUACCUGAUCGAGCCCCUUGAGGACUCAGUGGAAGGAGACCAUGCGGUGUACAGACAAGAACACCUAAGAAGCAAAACAGGCACCUGUGGGAACUCCAAUGACACUUCCUAUGACUAUGAGCCCUUCCUCUCCGAACUGUAUAAGCCCUUGAUGAGUGAAUCUCUGAUGAGUGGAAAGGCAAGAUUUGUUGAGAUGUUUUUGGUAGUUGACCAUUCAGAGUAUAUAUACCUUGGGAGAAAUAUGGAGAGCAUAAAAGCCAGGAUGCUGGAAAUCACAAACCAUGUUGAUAAGCUGUAUCGACCACUGAACAUCCGUGUCAUGCUAGUGGGGCUGGAGGUUUGGUCUUACCAGGACAAGAUUAAUGUCAGCGUCAAUGCUAAUGAAACCCUGACUAGAUUUCUACAGUGGCGCCAGGACAGCCUGAUCAAAAAGACAAAACACGACAACGCGCAGUUUAUCACUGCUGUUGAUUUUUCGGGUGAUACUGUUGGCUUGGCACCCAUGUAUGCUAUGUGUACUGCCAACUCCGGAGCAGUGAGUCAGGAUGGUGUGAUAAAUCCCAUUCGUAUAGCUUCCAUCAUCACUCAUGAGAUGGGACACAACCUGGGCAUGGAUCAUGACAAUGACCUAUAUUGUGAUUGCAGUGCAUCAGUGUACCAGAAAUGCAUCAUGGAACCUAGUCUUGGAUUAUUCUACCCACGGAAAUUCAGCAGCUGCAGUAAGAAUAAUCUGGGAGAGUUUCUGGAAAACAGCAACCCCAGCUGCUUGCUGAACCACCCAGCACCAGAGAAGCUUGUCGGAGGUCCUGUUUGUGGGAAUGCCUUCCUGGAGCCGGGAGAGGAGUGUGACUGUGGGACUCUGCAGGAAUGCAAGAAUCCCUGCUGUGAUGCCACCACGUGUCGCCUGAAAAAAGGAGCCAAGUGCGCAGAGGGGGAGUGUUGUAGGAACUGCCAGCUCAAACAAGCAGGAAGUCCCUGCAGAGAAAGUGCAAAUGAUUGUGACCUUGCAGAGUACUGCACAGGGCAAUCGGCGCAGUGCCCGAAGGAUGUGUUCAAGAUGAACGGUCUGCCCUGCAACUUUGAUCAGGGAUAUUGCUAUAAUGGCCAAUGCCCCACGUACCUGCACCACUGCAGAAAACUUUGGGGGUCAGGUGCACAAGUUGCAUCAGAGCUUUGCUUUUAUUUCAACACUUUUAAAUCGACUAAUGCUUAUUGCAAAAAGACCCAAAGUGGCUAUCAGCCCUGCACAGCAUGGAAUAGGAAAUGUGGAAAGAUUUUCUGCACUGGUGGGAAACCGUUUCCUAUCACUCUGAAAAUGGUGGCCUUGAUUGAUGGAAAAUGCAACAUAGCUGUGGACAGCUCUGAAACAGAGGACCUUGGCAUGGUCCCAACAGGGACCAAAUGUGGAGAUGAGAAGGUAUGCUACAAUAACAUUUGCCAAAGCUUUACAAUAUAUGGUGUAGGAGACUGCUCAGCCAAAUGCAAUUAUCGUGGGGUCUGUAAUCAUGAAAGACAAUGCCACUGUGAUCCAGGCUGGGCUCCACCCUACUGUGAUGUCAAAUAUGAUGACUUCAAUAGUGUGACACCUGGCGUCACACAAGGUAGGAACCUCAGACUCGUCCUUAACUCAUCCUCAAUAUGA